UCAUCACAGAUACAGCAUGGUUUUAUAAUGAGCUUAUUAAUGCGCUGACUUUCUUAAAGCGCUGAGUUUCCCAAUGAAAUGAAAAAAGUUCCCUGAUCAAAGUCCACCUUUAAUAACCAGAAACUUCCGCACACCAGAGAUCUGCAUACAAUGCCACACGAGGACGAGGUAUGGCAAGUAGCCUCCAUUUGAUUCUUGCCUGCACCUGCGUUUGCCUUACCUCACCUAUGAGCGAGGGUCAGAAAGUUUACAGAAAUGUGCCCAUACCAGAAAAGGCCCAUUUUGCUGAAACUUUUGACUCUGCUCCACUGGACAGAAACUGGGUACUGUCCAAGGCAGGCAAAGUGAACAUGGAACUGAAGUAUGAUGGGAACUGGGCUCUGGAGGAGCCUGAUCAUCAGGUGUUGCCAGGAAACAGAGGACUGGUGUUGAAGAGUCCAGGUCGUCAUCAUGCCAUCGCUGCGUACCUGCGCUCCGUGUACCAGUUCAGGGACAAACCCCUCUGUUUGCAGUAUGAGGUGCACUUCCAGAAGGGUAUAGACUGCGGAGGAGCUUACAUCAAACUGCUCUCUGAUUAUGAUGGCCUCCGUUUAACCCAGUUUAAUGAUGCCACCCCGUAUACCAUCAUGUUUGGACCAGAUAAAUGCGGUAAAAGCUAUAAGGUCCACUUCAUCUUCCGUCAUCGUAACCCAGUAACGGGGGAGUAUGAGGAGAAGCAUGCACGGCAGCCUGACGUAGAUCUGAGCGAUUAUUUCAACGACCGCAACCCUCAUCUGUACACACUGCGCUUGUAUCCAGAUAACACCUAUGAAAUUCUCAUCGACCUCACGGUCAUCAGUAAAGGCAGUUUGCUGGAGGACAUGGACCCUCCGGUGAAUCCUCCCAAGGAAGUGUUGGACCCUGAGGAUACUGCCCCAGAGAGCUGGGAUGACAGACCUUACAUCCCAGACCCCACAGCCAUCAAACCCCAGGACUGGGACGAGGAAGCCCCAGAGUUCAUCCCUGACCCUGCGGUCCAGAGACCGGACGGCUGGCUGGAGGGGGAGCCGCCCUUUGUCCCUGACCCCGAGGCGCAGCCCCCAGAUGACUGGGCAGAGGAAAUGGAUGGGCAGUGGGAGGCUCCUCUGGUUCCUAACCCUUCAUGUGCUCAUGCUGUUGGCUGCGGUCCCUGGACCCCACCGAGGGUCCACAACCCUGCCUACAGAGGGAAGUGGAAGCCUCCUAAGAUUGACAACCCAAAUUAUCAGGGGGCCUGGCAGCCUCGCUCGAUCCCAAACCCCGGCUACUUCGAGGACCAGCACCCCUUCAGGAUGAGCCCCGUGGCAGCUGUUGGCCUGGAGCUGUGGUCUCUGACCGCAGGGAUUCUGUUCGACAACUUCCUGCUGUGUAGUGACCUCAACACAGCCAACCGUUGGACUCAGGACACUUGGGGGCAAAGGCAGACGCCUGGGCUGCUUGAACAGCUCAUUGUGGCCACAGUGAAGCGGCCAUGGCUCUGGGGGGUGUACGUCUUCACCGUGGGCCUCCCCAUCAUCCUGUUUAUCAGUUUCAUGUGGCCUGACAAGCGAUUUGGUCCCCCCAAUCAGGAUUAUUACUACAAAAAAUCAGACGAACCUCAGUCUGACAGCCCGCAGGAUCAUGAGGUCCCCCCUACCCUGAAAGACUAUGGAGUGACAAACAGAGUUGGCCCUAGAAAGAGAGAGACCAGAAGGGGCCAGAGAAAGUCAGAUUUGGAGCUCAAGUCACUGAUUUACUUUCAGGUUACAGAGUGAUGGUGACUUCCUGCCAUCUUCAAACAGCUCCUAAUGUUCUAACAAUAAGCCAUCUGGAUUUCUAAAAGGGGGAAAUUGAAUAGUUAUUGCAUCGGUCUUGCCAAUAUUACAUUUGUUUCUGUGUUGAUUUCCAAUGCCAGUGAUGAAAGGAAGUCAGAUGUGCAACCUGAAAGAGUAUGAGAUUUGUGAAUCAGAUAUACAACCUGAUGAAGAACCUGUCCGUUUGGACUGGUUAGACCACUGUGAAUGCUGUUCUGGGCAAGACUGAACCAAUAAAAUGUCUGUUUUUUGUGAUCCUGGUGUUUAAAAAUA